GACCUUCAGAGAAAAAACUAGGUAGCAGCACAAAAGAGAGAAAAUCCAAGACCAAACCAGAGAGAGGGACAAAUUCUCCUUAACAGCUUUAUCCGUCCUCACAGCUCUACACGACCAGCAGACCGGCAGCAAUGGCUGAUGUCCACACAUGUGAGGGGUAUUUUAAAGAGGGGGUCAGCUUUGUAGAGACCUUUAUGUGCCCCCAAGAUCCAGGGAGUCCAGAAUUGGAGUACUGCUGUGGAUUUGAGGAUAUGAAGUACUGCUGUGGUGAGCCUGGAAACUACUACCCGUACAAACACGCCUACAUGUGGACCCUGAGUGCUGGUCUGCUGGUUGGACUCAGUAUUGCCGCUUUGGUUCUGCUGGCGUUCCUCACCAGUGUUCUGGUGCUCUGCGUCCUUUUCCUUCGCACCAAACCUCAAAAGGCCGACACAGGGCUCAAAUUGCGCAGCCAAACCAGCAGCCACAAAGCUGCAGAUCCUCGAGAUGCAUCACUAAGAAGAGGCAGCAGAGGAAACACACAGCUGGAAACAAGAGCAACACUCACAAAUCUAGAAAAUGUAAAUACUCAGAUCUAACCAUGCCAUGCUGCUGGUGAUUCUGAAGGCCAAAGUACAUCCUCCAUUCCUGGAAGAUAACAGAAGCUUCCUUGUGGAAAGAUAUAUGUGUAUCUUUGGACCUUUGAGCCUUUUUUAUUUAUGGCUCUUGUUUUUGUAGUUUUGUGUUUUCAUGUUUUACG